UCCGACGGGCGAAUCGAAUCGACUUCCUGCCGCUGCCGCCGCCGCGAGCGUGUGCGCGCGCUGAGGAGCGGUCCGGGUAACAGGCGGCCCUGUCCCCCUCACAGACAGCACCACAACACAACAACAACAACAACAACAACAACCCGGGGCCGGGUGGACACGGCACAGAAACUUAGGAGGGCGCCGCCGGUGGGGGUCGCUGUUGCGCCUGGAGUCACGGCGGUGCCCCUUCGCUACGCGUGGCAGCGGGAGCAGCAGGCCGGCCGGGGGAGCUGUCAUCCCGGGACGUCCCAGAGUGAAAGAUGAGCGCAGGUUCCGAGGCCCGGGACGCUGACCCCGUCCAGCUCAGAGACGCCCUGCUCGCUCUGUGGGCCAGGAAGGAGUUCGAAGAGCUGCAUGCCGUGGCACAGAGGGGCUUCUCGGCCCUGGGAGACCCCCUCGAAGGGCUGCUAGAGGUUCUGGAUGGCUGCCCCGGGGUGCAGAAGGGGAAGAGCUCGUCUCCGGGCUACUGCAUCUUCGCCGAGUUCCUGCACUGGCAGAGGCUGCACCCCCAGGCUGGCCUGCAGGGGGUGCCGGCGGCCAGGGUGCGCCCCCUGCAGCUGCGGGCCCUGGGGUUCAUCGUGGAGAACCAGCCCAGUUUCGCCGAUGCCCUGCUGAAUAUCUUCCAGCUGGCCUCCCUGGACCGGGACCUGCUGCUGGAGCAGAGGGGGCAACUGCUGGCCCGUGGCAGCUACAGAGAGGCGGCGCUGUUGAGCAUGAAGCUGAAGCUGCAGGCAGACCAGGACGUGGAGGAGGUGUGCGUGCCCCUGAUCCUCCUGGACAAGCAGAGCCUGGUGGAGUCGCUGGUGCGCGGGCACCCGUCCCUGCAGGAGCGGCUGGUCAGGCUGCUCGACUCCUGGUGCGGCCCAGACUUCAGUCUGGCACACCUGCUCAGCCGGUACCCCAAACUCCAGCUCUCCCAGCACCACCGGGACCGGCUGCACCCCAAGGUGCUCAGCAAACAGGUGUUCCGGCUGAUGGAGCGGUUCGCCGUCGACCCAGCCUUGUGCCCCAAUGCAGUCUUCAAGAGAAGGCUGGACUCCCUCAGAUUCCUCAUGUAUAAAAGGUUUGUGGAGAAAAGCAUGACGGAAGAGAACUGGACAGACCAUGUUCAGGCCAUGGUGGGAGAGCACGGCGAGCUGCAGUGCCAGCUCAUCGCCCUGCUCGCCAAGUACGGCGCGCCGGCCGGGGCCGCCCAGUGGGCCCUGCGGUACCGGGUUCCCAGGGACCGGCUGCCCUUCGGCGUGUGGAGCGAGGUCCAGAGGCUGCCCGAGCACCUACCCGUCCAGCAGGCUGACACUGCAGACACUCUGGAUACCUGGGAGCUGCCCCUGCACAGGAAGGACAAUUGCUACCAGCUUCCUGUGCCAAAGGAAAGCAUUCACUUCCUGGACACUGUAGAAGGGCUGAGAUGGUGCCAAGAGACUGUGCUCAAGUCGGGGGCAGUGGUGGGCUUUGACAUGGAGUGGCGCGCCCGAUUUGGCUCGGUGUCCAAGCCGCCCGCGGCGCUGAUCCAGCUGGCAGUGCCCGGCUUCGUGUUCCUGCUGGACCCAUGCGAGAGCGGGCAUGAGGAUCAUCUCCGCCUGGCAGAGCUGGCCGGCUUUAUUCGGUCCCUGUUCGCUGACCCUAGCAUCACCAAGCUGGGGUACGGGAUGUCAGGAGACCUGCGGAGCCUGUCCGCCACAUGGCCGGAGUUCUGCCAGGAUCCCCUGCAGGAAGCCAGCGUCCUGGACCUGCUCUCUACACACCAACAGCUCCAGCGGGCAAAGCGCAGCCUCCCAGCAGGACCACGGAACGUGGAGGCCAGUAAUGGACCCGCGGAGAAAGGGCUGAGCCUGCUGGUCCAGCAGGUUCUGGGCAAGCCGCUGGACAAGACAGAGCAGCUGUCCAACUGGGAGAGACGGCCCCUGAGACCCAGCCAGCUCUACUACGCAGCCGCGGACGCGUACUGCCUGCUGGACGUGUACUCCGCUCUGACGCGGGACCCCGCCAGGUUCGGGCUCCCCGCCGACUUCCACCGCGCGCCCCCGGAGAAGAAGAAAUGGCGGGAGAGGCGCCGGCCGCCCGGGUCGCCGGAGGAGCCUCGGCGGCUGGCCCCCGCGGAAGCCCCGUCUCCCUGGCCCCCCGCUGCGGCCCCUGGCCCCCGGCCGCCCCAGCAGCUGCGCGUGGUCUGCGACAACAUGCUGCAGGGCCUGGGGCGCUACCUGCGCUGCGUGGGCGUGGACGUGCACAUGCUGGACAGCAGCGAUGACCACCGCCUCGCGGCCGAGAUCGCCAGAACAGAGGGCCGCGUCAUUCUCACCUCUGGGCUCCCCUUCCAGACACUGAAGUCGCAGGUGGGCGAGGGGCGCUGUCUGGUGGUGGACUGCUCGGAGAAGGCCCGUGACCAGGCGGUCCGCGUCCUCAAGCACUUCAACGUCCAGGUCACCCAAGCUUCCCUGCCUCGGCCGGAGCGGUCGUUGGUGGUCAUCGGCGUCGUUAACCCUCCUGCCGCUGUGGGUCCGAGAGGCGUCGUGCCACGCAGUGCCAGGACUCUGGCCAAGAGUCACCCCUCCUUUUCCCCGUUCCUGACUUUUCAGGAUCGGCACCGCCAAGCCUCCCAGUGCCAGCCACAUUUCCAGGAUUCCCGCGCGUGCGCGGGGGUGUCUGGGAAGGGUCACGUCAAGCCGCGCUCCCGCUCCCGCUCCCGCGAAAGGCACUGGCCCCCGGGAUGA